AUGCGAUGGCGCGUCCGCUUCGCAUACAUCCUUAUUGGAACCACCUAUAUCGCUACCGUCCUUUCCAUCCUACUGGGUUGCCAUCCGAUGCAUAAGAAUUGGCAGAUCUACCCGAAUCCUGGAAAUCAUUGUCAGCCCGCAAUAUCAGAGAUAGACGUAUAUGUGACGGUUGUACUCAACGUCGCCACAGAUAUAUACCUUAUCACCAUACCGACUCCUAUCCUGUUCAAAGCCCGCCUUCCCAUCCAUGAGAAGCUGGAACUUCUUGUCCUCUUCAGCGGCGGCAUCUUCGUCAUGGUAGCAGGCAUUCUCCGCGCCGUGUUGAUCGUAACCGCCGGACCAAACGGUGCCCAACAAGCCGGCAGCUGGGCCUGUCGCGAGACAUUCGUCGCAAUAGUCGUCAAUAACGCCCCGAUCGUCUACCCCACCAUCCGACGGGCGCUCCGCAGUCCAAACGGAUGGAGCUCAUUCACUCACAGUCUCAAGUGCCACCUUCUUGGAUCCAGAUACCAGUCUCAAUCAAGCGCAUAUGGAGAAGGGUAUCCCAGAUCCACCUCGACUAAGGACAUUGCCAUGUCGAAGCGGAGCGAGAAACGGAGGAGGUUCCGCCACCCGCUGUCUCUUCCGACCAAUACGUACACUACCAGGAUUCCCACCCUCACGGAUAGUCAAUGGGAUAAUCUCAGUGAGGAGCAGAUGAUCUUGCCCACCUUUCGACAGCAGCCGCCGACUAUAGCGGCGGGGAGCGUGGACUCUUUCUAUAGUGAGGGGAUCAAGGUCACGCAGGAGACUAUUGUCGAGUCGCGAGAGAAGAAACGUGCCAACAUCACCGUGAAAUGA